AUGAAAGUCUUUGUCCUCGAAUCAUCGGGAAGGUAUUCUCCUCUUGAUUCAUCAUCAUCAGUACGAGUAUUUUCUAAAAUUAUUAAUUGUCUUCUCUUCUCCUUAAUAAUAACAAUACUAACAACAACAAUAACACUACAUCAUCAUCAUUCAGUACUUGCAAGUGCUCCAAAUUUACUCUUCCGAGGAGAUGAAGCAAGACACAUGUUGGGAAUUAAUUUAGGACCAAUCGAUUAUGAAAUGAUUCAGUGGGUAUUUACCAAUAGAUUUAAACAUGCAAGAGAGUGGAGACCUGUUGGAUCACUUGAUGAAUGGAAAACGUAUUACUUUGAAGGAACCAUCACAACAAAUUGGUCACAAGAUGGUUAUCCUCUCGGAUUUCAAAAUAAAUACAAUAAGAGACGUUAUGGCUAUCAAACAGAAUUGGGUACUUUGGGAAAGUAUCCAACAGGUGAUUAUAUUUUGACUUUUGAAGGAAGUGGAAACUUUUCAAUUUUAGGAGAUGCAACCAAUGUUAGACAAGUCAAUAGUCAUAGAUUUGAAUUUUCAGUACAGAAUACCUCUACUAAGGGUAUAGUACUAAUUGUAACAGAGCCUAAUGUUUACAAUGUUAUUUUGAAGGAGGCAAGGGAGGAGAAUGUAACCUCAACAUUUUCCACAGACUUUCUCAGAGCUAUUGAACCAUUUUCAGUAUUGAGAUUCUCCUCAUGGAUGAUUGGAAGGAGUUAUGGAAAUUCCAUCACAAAUUGUGAUAAGGAAUGGGCCGAUAAAAGACCUGCUACUUUUUACACUCAACACGGACAAGCAAUGGUUUCUAUUGAAUAUAUUGUAGAAUUAGGAAAUUAUUUGGCUAAGGAUAUUUGGAUUUCAAUACCAAAUGCAUGCAGUAGUGAUCAUAUUAUGCAUAUUGCUUCCUAUGUGAGAGAUAAUUUAAAUACCUCUCUCACAAUACAUGUUGAACAAUCAGCUGAUAAGGGCUGGGGUGGAAAUAAUAGAAACUUGAACAUUCAAUUAAUCAAUACGUUCAAAGCAGUAUUCGGUCUGAAUGAUACUCGAUGCAAGUAUAUCCUCUCUACAAUGAUACCUGCCUAUUACGACAGUGUAUUAUCACUCUAUUCAAGUGAUGACUUGAGCUUAUUUGAUGCUUUUGCAGUGAGUGGAAAUGUUGGUACUGGUAUAGAGUAUUAUGGAAAUGGUUAUGAUGUCAACCUUUCAGUCAAUUACACAGUAGAUGAUGUUCUCAAUUUACUCAGACAAGAAAUUUACAAGGACGAAAUAGAUUGGAUCUAUUUGUUAAAUAGAGUUGCUUUCAAAUUGAAAAUUCCAUUAAUACUAUACGAUGCAGGCUUGAGAAUUCAUGCACCUGGUUGGGCAAAUAGAUGGAAAAAGACAGAUCUAGCACCAUUGGAACAAAGACUAGAGGAUAUUUCCAUUGAGGCUCUCAGACAACCAAUUGUUGAGGAUAUGGUUGUUGAUGUAAUGAAACGUUGGCAUAGAAUGGGAGGUGGAUUAAUGAUUCUGAAUAAUAUUGUGGAAAAGAUAGAUAGAUGCUUGGGAGGAGGUGGUAGAUGUGGCUAUCAAGCAGUGAUGGAAAGUCUUCUACAGGAUCCACAAACUGUACCAAAAUACCGAGCUGUGCUUACUUGGUUGGAAGGAGGAAAUGGUAGUCUUCCAUUCACAUCAGACGAUAUUCCAAAACCUAUUCGUUUACCAUGUACUGAUUGUAAGUAUGGUGUUUGCCAUAAUGGAUCAUGCCACUGCUUUGAUGGUUUUUCUGGAGCAAAUUGUAACAUAACAGUUCCAAAAUAUCAAGAUUGUGCCUCCAAUACAACCAAAUUUGGCGUCAAUAUUGAUGGUUUGGCAGAUUGGUCUCGAGAAGUAACUUUCAUAGAUAUUCAAAGAAGAGCCAGAAAGUGGAUUGUCCAGAAAUUUGUCUAUGGUACUGGAUGGGCAGAGGAUGACCAAGAAAGUGUACCACUGGAUGAAAAUGGAUAUCCUCAAUAUUUGGAGAUAACUAAAAAUGUAGCAACUUUUGCAGUUCGUGAUGUGGCAGCUCACUUCCCAAAUGGAAAGUAUAUUUGCCUCUAUGAUGGUGAUGGCGUUUUAGAAUUCCAGUUUGAAGAUCAGAAAAUAUUGAGAAGAGAUGCAGGUAGAAUUGAACUCCAAUACAAUCACAAGACUGAAAUGAAUAAUGGUGUCUUUUACAAGAUUUUGAGAACCAAUCCAUUGAAUCCCAUCAGAAAUGUGAGAAUAUUUGAGGCUAAAUAUGAGCAAACCUAUGAAGAUUUCCCAUUCCAUCCUCUCUUUUUGGAACAAUUGAAAAAGUACCAAAUUAUUAGAUUUAUGCCUUGGUCUAAUAUUGGUGUCGAUAAAGACUAUGAUUGGGAGAAUAGAACUCUCAAUUCCUAUUACACCUUCAGACUAAAAACAGGAGUAAGUAUGGAAAUGCAAGUGCUCUUGUGUAAUAUGCUUGGAAAUAAUCCAUGGUUCAAUUUACCUCACAGAGCCACUGAUAGAUAUAUUGAAAAUUGGGCAACCUAUGUGAGAGAUUAUCUCAGACCAGAUGUUACUGCCUACAUUGAAAUUGGCAAUGAAUGUUGGGCCUCAGGUGCUUGUGGAAGUUACGCUCAACAAAUGGGAGUUAUUGAAGGAAUGAAAUUGACCAAACUUCAAAACUAUUACAGUUCUUAUGAAGUUGCUAGAAUCUGUUAUCACAUCAAGACUGCCAAGAGAUAUGCAGAUAUUAUCAGAGGAGUGUUUGGAGCAUCACAUCACAGGAGAAUCAAAUUGGUAUUUGCUGCUCAAGCAGCUUGGACUGGCCCUUUGGAGAUUUUCUACUUGUGCGAAGGAAAUUACUAUCAAUCUUUCAAUGUUGUGGCCAUUGCUCCAUAUAUGAGCGAUAGUUUGAAGAAGGCAGAUAAUUCCCUGGUCAGUCUUGAGGAAUUCUAUGGAUCUAUUAUUCAUACAGCCAUUGCAAGUUCCAGAAAUGCUCUUUUAAGCACAUACAAGAUUGUAAAUCAAUCCUCUCCUGGAAUGGAACUUGCUUUCUAUGAAGGUGGACCAGAUUUUUCAUCUUUGACUGAUACUGGUAAUACAGAAUUGACAGAUUUAUCAAUGACCAUUCACAGAGACCCAAGAAUGAAACAAGCCCUUACAUACUACCUCUCCAACAUAACUAAUAUUGCACCAGGAGUUAAACUAAGUGCCUACAAUCAUUUUACAUCCACAUCUGUCUUUUCCAAGUACGGAUGUUGGGGAUUGAUUGAAUCAUCAGAUUCUGACUUAUCAUCCUCAUCUUCUCCAAAAUAUGUUGCCUAUCAAAACUAUAUAGAUUCAAUGAGUGUUUGUAAUUGGAAUGAAAAGCCAUCCACUUGUAAAGAUAACUGCAAUAAUCAUGGUGUUUGUGCUGCAAAUGCCUUGUCAGAUUCCAGAGACUCUUGCCACUGUUUCUUUGGCUACAAUGGAACCAAUUGUGAGAUAAUCAAUUAUAUUAACAGUUACAGAUGCACAUAUCAAUGUGGAGGAAAAGGUAAUUGUCUUUUCAAUCAUACAGAAGGAUUUUAUGCAGUCUAUACAUGUCACUGCCAAACUGGAUAUUACGGCUAUGGAUGCACCUUAUUUACUUGUGAUUCAAAAUGUAACUAUAAUGGAAACUGUAUUGAUUAUAACAAGUGUAGUUGUUAUAGAGGUUUUACAGGAAGUGAUUGUUCCAUUGAUUGUAAUUGUAAUGGAGUUGGUUAUUGUGCUACCAAUUCCACAAACUGUGUCUGUGAUUACGGCUACUCAUUUGUGAAUGGAAAAUGUGAAAUCGAUUGUAAGAAAUAUCCAACAAGUAGAGCCUGUUUGAAGUGUCCUUCUCUGGGAUGUGCAAAUGGUAUUUGCCUUAACAGUACUUGUGCAUGUCAUAGUGGAUAUAGAAUGGACUCACGAAGUAGCUGUACCAUCAAGGCAAAUUCACCAAAUGAUGGAUCAAAACUUGGUGUGAAUGUGAAUAGCGUUGUAGAUUAUUCUCCUCAAUGGACCUUUGUUGAUUUGAUGAAACAAGCCAGGGCUUGGAUUCUCCAAGAUUUGGAAGGAAUGAAUAGCAUAUAUAUUUGGAGUUAUAAUAAUGAAAUCAAACUAAGAUCAGAUGGCUAUCCAGCUAGUAUUGCACAAGGAAAGCAAUUAGUAACUCUAAUGUUGAGAGAUAUCCAACAGAAAUGGCCAGGAGGAAUCUACCAUGUUUUCUAUGAAGGAAAUGGUCAAUUAGACUUUGGAUUCGAUUCUACAAUUAUUGAGAAUAACCAGAAAGGAUAUAUGAAAAUUAAAGUCACACUUUCCCUUGUUCGUGACAAUGGUGUCUUUAUGAAAAUUAAAGAAACCAAUCCAAAUAAUCCUAUCAGAAAUAUAAGAAUUGUAAUGGAUGGUUUUGAAAAUACCUAUCAAGAUAAUCCAUUCCAUCCACUCUUUUUAAAGAGAUUGGAAAAUUUCAAGACCAUUAGAUUCAUGCCAUGGACUAUGGAAAAAGGAAUUAUUACAUGGGAAGAUAGAAUUACACCAUCUACUUUACCAAUGGGAAGAGGUGUUGCUCACGAAUACAUGAUUCAAUUAUGUAAUAUUCUCAAAGCUAAUCCGUGGUUUACAAUUCCUUAUGGUGCCAACGAUGAAUAUAUCAGACAAUUUGCCCUCCUAGCUAAACAAACUCUGAGAAAUGAUGUACAAAUUUAUCUUGAAUACACCAACGAAGCAUGGAAUACACUCUUUGAUAGUGGUAAAUAUUGUGAAGAGCAAGGAAAAUUAUUGGGAUUAUCUAAAGACUCCUUGGCAGCAAGAAACUUGUUCUAUUCAAAACGUUCUAAAGAAAUUAUUACUAUUUGGAAGAGUGUAUUCGGUAGUGAAAGCAAUAGAUUGACUCUUGUUGCAGCUUCCUUUACUCUUAUGCCGAUAACUUCUACUAGAAUAUUAUCUUAUCAAGAUCUUUACAAAUCUCAUUCCAAUAUUAUGCUAACAGUGACAGGUUAUUUCGGAUGUGGCUUGGAAUCUUCAGGAACUUUGGUUGCCAUUUCCGAUUUGAAUACACUUUUCAAAAAGUGUGAUGAUGAAUUUGCUUCCACUAAAUCAAUGCUUGAACAGCAGCUUCAAGUUGCAAAAUCCUAUAAUAUUACACUAGGAAUGUAUGAAAGUGGUAGUUCUGUAGCUGAAUAUUCGGCCAUUGCCAGUGGAUAUGAAACCUCAGGAGCCACAGAUAAGUAUAUUGCCAUGAAUAGAGAUAUCAAAAUGUAUGAUAUUUACAAAAAGUACUACAGAAUGUAUGCUAAUUUGAGCUUGGUUGAAAAUUGUCACUAUGCAAAUGUUGGCUUCCCUUCAAAAUAUGGUUCUUGGCAUUUGUUGGAAUAUCAAUAUCAAGAUGUUUCUGAAGCACAUCGUUUUAGAGCUAUUCAAGAACUUAUUGUAGAAACCAGAGGACCAAUAACUAGAGUCACUGAUCAUUCUUGUUUUGGAAUUGUGUACAACUCGACGAAAUCUUGUUCAGGUAAUGGAAUUUGUGUAAAUCAAAACAAUUGUCAAUGUGAUAGUGGUUAUACAAAUGAGGAUUGUAGUUUCUAUCUGGAAGGUCAGACGAAAGCGUACGCAUCUGAGAAUAAUUUCACAAUUAGUCCAACAAGCGGCUUUGCUCUCACACAAACAUUUACACUCUCCUCUAAACCAUGGUUGGCCUCUUCAAAGAUAUCACCACUUCAAUAUGCAUUCGGAUUUGUGAAUAGUAAGGACGAAAAUAUUGUCUUGACAAAAUAUUCUCAGUAUCCAAACGCCACUACAAUACUGCCCUUCACCAAGCAAUCCUCAAUUCCAUUAGUGAUGUUUGUAAAAGAUUCCACUGGAAAUGUCAACACGCUGAGAGGUGGAAGUGUUAUUAUUAGUGCAUUCUCUGGUACAAGUCAAGAGCUUUCUACAAGAAUCAGCUCAUUGUCAAGUGAAGAAAAGAUUGUUGCCUUCUACGAUGAAUCAAGUUCAUCACUUGUUAGUACACAAUUAGUGAAUACUCUUUCCAUUGACACCAAUAAUUCUCAACAAGUUUUAAAGAUAUUUGAAACUGUUACUUCAUCACCAACUGUUGACAAGACAGCUCUGGAAAGUGUCUCUACCAAGCUUGACUCAUUCCUCACAGACAUGUCCCAAAAGUUACAAAAUGGUUCAACCCAAGUCAAACUUUCCACUGAAGAAACACAAUCUACUGUCAGUAUCAUUUCUAAUAUUUAUGAAUAUGGUUCAGAAAGUAAGGCCGAAAGUUUAAUUUCUAACAUUGCUUCUGUCCUUGUAAUGAGCAUCAAUCCAGUGGAAACCAACACAUCAGCUUUGACAAGUCUCCAUAUUCAAUCUUCAUCUUUUAACAUUUCUGUUUCAUCAUUUAACAUAUCAAGUGUGUUAAAAUCAUCAGGAGGAACAACCUUUGUCUAUGAUGACAUUUCCACUGACAUUUCUUCCAUUUAUAAGGAUUCUUCAUCAAUGGCAGCCAUCAGUCUUGUUAAAUAUUCCUACAAGACAUCAUCAAGACGUAGAGCUAUGACAAAUCUUGUUUCUGACCAGGUGGACCUCAAGUUUUACAGUUCUGGACAAGCUCUAGCAUUAACCAAUCUUACAAAACCAAUUCAACUAAAAUUCACAUUGAAGGUUUUGGUUAGUAAAUCAGCCAUGCAAAAACAACUUGUAUGUAAAUAUUAUGAUGAACAAAAAUUGAUGUGGAGUUCAUCAGGAUGUAAACUAGCAAGUAUCGAUUAUGACAAUUCUGUUGUUACGUGUGCCUGUGAUCAUACAACUAAAUUUGCUGUUGAUUUGACUGCAGAGACAACUCCACAAUCAAGUACUAAUCCACCAGUGAGUACAUCUCCAAAGAAGCACACAAGUUUAAUUGGUGGUGGCAAUAGGUUGUUUGCUGUGAAUUUCUUGUUAUUGGCAUUGGUUGUUGUGAUGACGAGUUUAUUUUUUUGAUUGGAUGACAUGUGAAAUUUUGUGAAAAUAUUUUAUUUUUUCAUUCUAAUAAAAAAUCC